GAAGAAUUUACACAAACAAAUACCGCGAAAUAUCAAUUGUAGUUGCCAAUAAGAAAACAAAAAAAGAGUUUAAUGAAAAUUUGUUUUAUCUUUUGUUCAAUUGUGCGUUUUAAUAAAUUUUAUUAUUUAUUUAGUGUUAACGAAUAAAACUAUGUAAUAAAAUGGAAAAAUCUGCAUUAAAUGAAGUAAAAGCCAUACUCAAGUCUCUAGUACUUUCAAGUCCUGAGAAGAUUACCAUUGAAAAGUUGAACCGUGAUUAUCGUGAUGUCGAAGGACAAUUUAUACCGUUUCGCCGGCUAGGAUAUGGCAAUUUGGAAGAAUUUCUACGUUCCAUACCAGAUACAUUAAGGGUGUUUGGUAGUGGUCCCACAGCUAUGGUGUGUUUUGUGGCCAAUGAAAAAUCCGAUCAUAUACAUGAUAUGAUAAUGAAACAAAAAAAACCUAAAUCAAAGGGCGCAAGAACAAGAGCUAGAAAUGCUACACGCCCCCGAAGCAAUCCGCCCCAAAGAAGUAACAGAUUUACGGGCAAUAUUAAACAACCGGCUAGACGUGUAGGACAACAAUUAUCACCCUUUCAAAGUGUUAAUCGCAAUCAUUUUACUAAGACCGUUCAAGUGAGAGAUAUACCCCAAUUGGUGAAAAAAGCUAAUUAUGUACCACCAGUUUUAGCCGAUCAAAUGUUGUACGCUUUACCACAACCAAGUGGUAUAGUUUUGAAUACACAACAGAAUAUAAACUUACAAUAUGGCAUAUUUAAAGCCAUAGACGACCAGGCCCGAAAGUAUGAAGAACAGGUCAGACAGUUAAAUAGUUUGUUGAAAAAACAAUGCAGUGUAACAGCACCGCCGCCAAAAACUCUUUCUACCGCGCCGCCACCACCUCUUUCCCGACAACAAACAAGAACUGUUAAAUUUUCUUCCGAUAUUAAUUCCUUCGACCAAAAAGUACCAGAAACUAAAAAAGAAUCUCUUGAAAAAACGCCAAUCGUUAAUAAACAUGAAUGUAUUGAUUUAAAUCCUCCUAAAGAUGUUAAACAAAUGCCUAUUAAAUUAUCGGAAGAAGUAGAAAAUCUACUCGACAUGCCUAAACUUUACAAACCUACUAAUCCCAUAAAGGAGUCAAGCUCAGUGCAUGAUAGCAGUGAAGAAUUACAAAAAGCAGAAAUGCCUCCGCUUAAUAAGCCGGAAGUAACUACAGAAAUUAAAGAGAAUAAGAGAUUUUUUGAUGAUAGUGCUGAUAAAGUUGAAGAUCCAGAUGAAGCUGUACCCUCAUUUGCUGCUAAAAACAAUGUCUUCCGUUUAGAUUUUCCUGAACACACUGUGCCUUAUGGCCUUAAAAUUGCACCUUAUAAACUUUCUGAUGAUGUUACCGUUGGAUCGUGUAUAAAAAUCUUUAUAUCAGAGAUACACAAUCCAUUUAAAUUUUGGUUUCAUAUUCAUAAAGACAAUCAUGAAUUGGAUCAGCUGAUGUAUCAAAUUGAACGUUAUUAUUCCCCACUGGAGGCUGAGGACCUGCGAAUUCCUAUGAUGUGUUUAACACCGGGACAAGUAUGUGCUGCUUGUUAUAAUGGUUUAUGGCAUCGUGCUGAAAUUGUAGCUCCUCCUGUUAAUACUACCAUUAAAGUUUCCUUCAUGGAUUAUGGUACGGUAACGGAAGUAGGAAUAGAAAAUAUAAAAUUUUUAGCCUCUUAUUUUGCUCAAUUACCAGCUCAAGCGCUGAGAGGUUGUCUGUCUCAUAUUAAACCACGUGCUCUUCACUGGAGUCAUGAGGCAACAACAUAUUUUCUAACAUUAGUGGCUGAAAUGAUGUUGUAUGCAAAAAUUGUUGAAAUCGAUAGAGAGCAAAAUAUUUUAUAUAUGGUAUUAUGCAACACCAAUGGCGAGGAUGUGGUGCAAAUUAAUAAAUCAUUAGUGGAAAAACGUUAUGCCCUAUAUAAUGAGGAUUGGAAAGCCCAAAAAAUUAGUCAAAAUAAUGGAAAACGUAUACAUCAUCCACGAGAAGAUUUUCCUACAUUUUCCAUGAUAGAAUCAGGUGAAUAUCCUAGUUUCAUCGAACUGGUUAAUUUACAGCAACGCGGUAUCGAUUAUGAAUCAAUCUAUGAUCUUAUUAUCUAUAAUCAAUCGACUAUUUUAAAUAAACACGAAAAUGCUCCUGAACGUAUAAGGAAUUUACCAUAUUUCCUAACGACUUCAAAUCCCUUCCGUUCUGAUAUUUUAUUGGAAUUAUAUACCACAACAUCGACUGCUUUAUAAUGCGUAUUGGACGAGAAAAUGUAUGGGGUAUGUUUAAAGACUUUUAUUAUUAUUAUUAUAUUAGUAUUUUAUUCAUUUAAAGUGCUGAAGUUUAAAAUGGGACUAUGUAAUGAUAUUUCUUGUAUUUAAGUUGAACUGUUUUUCUUUUAUUUUUGUUAUAUUAACGAUCUUUUGUGUUAAAGAUCUAAGAAGUAUUAACUUUUUUGUUGUUUAUUACUGAAAAUUUAAGUGUUUAUCUUUUUUUUACUAUAUAAAUGGACGUAUGAAAAAAAAUUUAA